AUGGGCAUCCCAACCACCGCGCAAGGACCGGCUCCAGCAUAUGAAGCCAUAUUUGGCGACCAUCCAUAUGCUGCAGUCGCACAAGAUGAAGACGUCGAGCUACACGCGCAUGACCAUGACCACGUUCGCAGUCCUUUUUCACACGAGCAGAACGCUCCCGAAUCGACCAUAGAUAGGGUUGCAGAGCUGUCCAGGUCGAAACCGCACGCUCACUGCGAGCUAUGCGACGUCCAAACCGCUGCGCGACAGCGUCAGAGUCGAGAGCAUGAGAAGUUUUGCUGUACCAUGGUGGCCAUGACUUUCAGCAUCGCUUUUGUAUGCGCUGCCAUCUUCGGCAUUGUAGCCGUCAGCAUGCUUUCCCGGAAUCAGAGACGUGAUUAA